AUGCAAGAUCUAGCGGAACUAAUCCACGAGGAAGUGGAGCUAAUUGAUGAGGAAGGGAAGCUAAUCGAAGUGGUGGGGGAGCAACUCAAAGCGGAACGGAAGCAAAGAGAAAAGGAACGUAAAUCAAACGUAAAGGGGAAGAAGCCAAGUGCAAAAGGGAAAAAUCCAGACGAAAAGAGGAAAAGAAGACAAAACUAA